GGGAGUGAGACCACGAGGAUGGGUGACGAGCAUUACGGGGACGACUUUAGGAUGGUCGAGCUGGAUUUUUUUUUCAUCACCCCGUUCGCGCCGUCCUGUCAAGUCUGCUACCUGCUAGAUAAUAAACACUUCAGAGCGGCAAUAAAAUACUCUGAAGCUGAACACGUGUUUGAUAAGGACUUUAUUGUAGAGAUGUGGAGUAACCUCUAUCACAAGGAGUACAGUGAAGGGGACUGGCAUGCCAUCCCCAUGAAGCUCCUGUCCACAGAGAAGCUGCCAGACAGCAGGAAGUGUAUCUCGUAUUUCGGCGUGGACCUCAUCGUCACCUGCCUGGGGAGUUUCGAGUUCACCUACAGGGGACGUCACAAGGACGACCCCAACUUUAAGUGGGCCAAGUAUCUAGGCUGUAACGGGCGUCUGGAGAUCAAACGACAAACUGACCACCUGACAACAUACGUGCAGGAAUCCAAGUUGUCCAAGGUCACUCACAACAUAUACGUGGGCAACUUCACCGCCGCCCUUGAAGCCCACCUGAACGGCUUCGACGCCCUGCUCAACGUCUCUAACGACGCCCCGGUCUACGCCAAGCAGCUGUCUCGACCCAUCAUCUUGAAGAAGCUCCCCAUAGCUUUUGGCGUGGAUGUCGUCAUUGGCGAAAACAUGAUCCUUGAAGCCGUGUUCUGGCUGCGAGCCAUGAGCGACCUCUGCAGCAAAAUCCUCAUCGCGAGCAGGGACGGGCACGGCAGGGCGGGGUCCAUCAUGAUCUCCUUCAUCUUCGCCAUGAACCCCAACCUCACGUUCGACGAGGCCUACAAGUUUGUCAACGACCGCCAUUUUGUGUACCCCCAUAAGGGUCUGAGAGAGUCACUCAACCGUAUCUACAUCCGGGAGUAAUGCACAGGGAUAAUAGGAUAAUACACUGGAUAAUUCAGGUGGAGCAUGGGAUAAUACACGGUGAUAACUCAGGUGGAUAAUAUGAUAAUACGCGGGGAUAAUACACGGCGCUAAUUCAGAGGGAAUAAUAGGAUAAUACACGGGGAUAAUACACGGGUAUAAAUCAUGGGGAUAAUAGGAUAAUACACGGGGAUAAUACACGGUUAUAAAUCAUGGGGAUAAUAGAAUAAUACACUGGGAUAAUUCAUGAGGAUAAAAUACUGUAAUAAUACACAGUGAUUCACACAUAGAAAGUGGUUCAAGGGUAUACUACAUGGAGGCAAUUCGCGGUUUUUAUUUCUAUAAAAUAUAUUUGUUAUAUCUAGUACGUAAGAAACACAUUUUAAAAAUUGGAACUAUUAUUUUCAGUGACAUUAGCACAUUAAUAGAAUGUU